AGGGGGUGAAGACUUCGGCUCCCGUCCCUCCCGUCCGUCCCGUCCUUGCCGUCCGUCCGUCUGUGCCGUGCCGGGAGCGGCACCGGCGGGGCCGCCAUGUCCGGGCGCCUGCCGCUGCUGCUGCUGCUGCUGUGCGCCGCGCUGCCCGCGGGGCUCCGCGCUCAGGGAGGCGUAUUCAUCAAGAAAGAAAAUGCCGACAAGUUCUUGGAAAGAACAAAACGUGCUAACUCUUUCUUAGAGGAAUUGAAGCAAGGGAAUAUUGAAAGAGAAUGCAUUGAGGAGCGCUGCUCAAAAGAAGAAGCAAGAGAAGCUUUUGAAGACCAGGAGAAAACUGAGGAAUUCUGGAACAUCUAUGUAGAUGGGAACCAGUGCAGUUCAAAUCCUUGUCACUAUGGUGGCCAUUGUAAAGAUGGAAUUGGUUCCUACAUUUGCACGUGCUUGGAUGGUUAUCAAGGCAAGAACUGUGAAUUUGUCAUACCAAAGUUCUGCAGAAUAAACAACGGGGACUGUGAGCAGUUCUGCAGCGUCCAAAGAGAUGGGCGGAAGGAUGUGGUGUGCUCCUGUGCAGAUGGAUAUGUUCUAGCAGAGGAUGGCAAACACUGUGUUGCAACAGUAAAAUACCCUUGUGGAAAAGUUUCUGUGGUAAGGAAGAAAAGGUCUGUUCUUUCACCCGCUGACCACAGCAAUGUAACGAGUGAUCAGGAAGACCCUCCUCCAUACGAAAUGACCACAGAGGAGAACUUUGUAAUUACCACAGAAAGCCCAACGCCUCCACCUGACAACAGAACAAGCAGCAAGACUCCCUAUGUUGAUACCAGGAUAGUUGGUGGGGAUGAGUGCCUUCCUGGCCAAUGCCCAUGGCAGGCGGUUCUGUUAAACGAGGAAGGAGAAGAGUUUUGUGGUGGAACUAUUCUGAAUGAAAACUUUAUACUUACUGCAGCUCAUUGCAUAAACCAGUCCAAAGAAAUCAAAGCCGUUGUUGGUGAAGUGGACAGAGAGAAGACGGAGCAGUCUGAAUCAAUGCACACUGUGGACAAAAUAUACGUUCACUCCAAAUUUAUUGCGGAGACUUAUGAUAAUGACAUUGCUUUAUUAAAGCUGAAGGAACCUAUCACGUUUUCAGAGUACAUCAUCCCAGCAUGUCUCCCCAAAGCAGACUUUGCUAAUGAAGUUCUGAUGACGCAGAAGUCUGGGAGGGUUAGUGGCUUUGGGCGGGAAUUUGAAGGCGGGCGAACGUCCAAAAAACUGAAGGUGCUCGAGGUCCCCUAUGUUAAUAGGAACACUUGCAAGCAAUCCACUAACUUAGCCAUAACUGAGAACAUGUUCUGUGCUGGUUAUGACACAGAGCAAAAGGAUGCUUGCCAGGGAGACAGUGGUGGCCCCCAUGUGACCAGAUACAAGGAUACUUAUUUUGUUACUGGAAUUGUUAGCUGGGGUGAAGGAUGUGCAAGGAAAGGCAAAUAUGGGGUCUACACCAAACUGUCUCGGUUCCUGCGCUGGGUAAGGACAGUCAUGAGUUUAUAGUGGUGCUGUGCCCCUUGAUCCUUCUUGUUACCUGCCGAGGUGCAGGACUGGAAAUGGAAACUUUCUUUUCCUGCACAUCAGCUAAGUUGGUUUUGAGAUCUGAUUCCUUAAAAUUAUGGUCUGCUUUCAUUUGUAUUAUUCCUGGCUUUAAAGCACACCUCUGAGGACUGUGGGGGUCUUUGGAAUUGGUUGAAUGAGGGAAUUUCCCCAAGCAAAAAGGCUGCUGAGUGGGGUCUUUGGCUUCUUUUAAUUACUUAUCAAUGGCCACUGUGGUUCCUAUCAGUUGUCAUGAGUGCUCCAACCAGAGGCUUCUAAAUAUGUUCUGAGGAGUCACUAGUCAUGAUGAAAGCAGGAAGAAUGGGAGUCACUAAAUCGUCAUAUUGCAGCCAUCUGGCUCAGCAGGGAGUUUGUCCCUACUGGAGUUGUUUAGCUUCUACCUUGAGAUGUGUUCAGAAGAUGAAGGGAGCAGGGGAUCUUGCAUGGUAAAAGCUGAGACACAAUUAAUUAAUCAAUAUGUGAUGCUAAAUAAUCACAUAUUUCACAAAAUGGUCUGCUCAGAUCACAGCAGCUCAUUAAAAAGGGGUUUUGAUUUAUAAGUAUUCUACUUUAGUUUAAUUUGUACACUCUGCUCAUCAGAAAAUAUAUAUAUAUAUGUGCAUAUUCAGUGUUUUCUGUAUCUUGUUCUGGAUUGUGUAUGGCUGAG